CCAGGGAAGCGACGGGGGGGCCAGAGCUCCAGGACAAAGAACAGAGCAAAAGCCCAAAACCCUCAAUCCCUAUCUGUGCACAGUGCACACUUCCACAUGAACAAAAACUCCAGCAUUCAAAGAGAUAGAGAUAGAGAGAGAGAGAUCAUUGAAAGCUUUGCUCUCACUCACUGCCUACCUCCCCUGUCUCCCCGUCUUAAUAUCUCUCUGCUUUGAGUUGUAUCGUCAACAGUAACUUCUCGCACACAAACUUAUACACACAACGCAUACAGAGCAGAGAUAGAACAGAUAGAGAGCAGAGAGAGAGAGAGAGAGAGAGAAGGAUAAGAGUGAAAAGAAGUUAAGGAGGAAAGAAACCCAACUACAGAUAAAGGCAAACCCCACCUCUAAAUUCUUGCCCCUGCUCCCUCUGCGUCUCUUUAGAAAGAGAAAGUUGCGAACUUUGUGUGUGUGAGCAGAGCUGUUGAGGAAGCUGCUAUAUAAAGAGGAGGGAGAGAAGAGAGAGAGAGAGAGUCUAGAGAGAGAGGGACAGUUUAAGUUUGUGUUUUCUUCAAGAAAUGCAGCAGCACCUGAUGCAGAUGCAGCCCAUGAUGGCUUCCUAUUACCCCAACAACGUCACUACUGAUCAUAUUCAACAGUAUUUGGACGAGAACAAGUCAUUGAUUUUGAAGAUUGUCGAGAGCCAGAAUUCGGGGAAACUAAGCGAAUGUGCUGAGAAUCAAGCUAAGCUACAGAGGAACCUUAUGUACUUGGCAGCCAUUGCCGAUUCUCAACCUCAACCCCCCACCAUGCACUCUCAGUACUCGAGCGGCGGGAUGGUCCAGCCUGGAGCAGCAGCCCACUAUAUGCAGCAGCACCAUCAGGCUCAGGCAAUGACCUCACAGUCUCUAAUGGCUGCCCGGUCCUCAAUGCUCUAUGCCCAGCAGUCCCCCUUCUCAGCCCUGCAGCAGCAUCAGGCAGCUGCAGCAGCUCUCCAUGGCCAGCUUAGCAUUAGCUCUGGCGGUGGGGGUGGGGGUGGGGGUGGUAGCUCGGGGCUUAACAUCCUCCAGAGCGAGUCUAGCCAUUCGGGGGGUGGUGGUGGAGGAUUCCCGGAUUUCGGCCGUGGAGAAGGCGGGCUCGCAGGUGGUAGCGGGAGGGUGCUUGGUGGUGGGAGCAAGCAUGAGAUGGGGAGCUCGAGCUCAGCCGAAGGUCGGGGUGGCAGUUCAGGUAGUGCGGACGGAGGGGAGACUCUCUACUUGAAGUCUGCCGAUGACGGGAACUGAAAAGCUGACAAUGAAGGGACAGAGAAUGAAGCAGCAGCGGCAGGUAGGGCUAGGUUUAGUGCUAAGGCCGGAUGUCGGGGGUGCCACCUUCACCUCCUUCCUGGAAGGCAAAGGGACGAGGUGUGGGAAGUUUUUUCUCCUGUUUUCGGUUUUUCGGUUGGUUCCCUUAAUUUAAUGGCAAGAAAGAAGGAAGCAAAGAAACUGCAAUGUGGGAUUUGGAUUUUGAGGAUGAUGUUGGGGUCUUGAACUGUUUGUAUGUCGUCUAUGCUAAGUUUAAUAGCUAUGGUGUAAAUUUGAUAGGCUAGGCUUCUUUGAUCCUUCA